GCCAGAUGGCGUUAAGUAACUUCGGCGCCUGCGCUGAGGCCCCGUAGUGGAGCCUCGGGCUGGGACUCCCUUGCGAUUCCACUCAGCGUUGGCGGUUUCGCUGGCUUCCCGCGUUCCGCGACGGUCGUUUCUGUCCGUUUCGACGCCCGGCUCUGCCAUGAGCAGGUGCGGCGAGGCUGCGGCCGUGGCGGCCACGGUGCCGGGCGCGGACGUCGGGAAUGCGGGGCUGCGGCCGCCCAUGGUGCCCCGCCAAGCGUCGUUCUUCCCGCCGCCGGUGCCCAACCCCUUCGUGCAGCAGACGCGGAUGGGCGCUGCGAAGCGCGUCCAGAUGGUCUUUCUUGGAAUUAUCCUGCUUCCAGUUCGUGCCAUAUUGGUUGCAAUAACUUUAUUACUGGCAUGGCCAUUUGCUGCAAUUUUAACAGCAUGCUGUCCUGAAAAGUUGACCCAUCCAAUAACUGGUUGGAGGAGGAAAAUGGCUCAACCAGUUUUGAAGUUUCUGGGUCACGUCCUGUUCUUUUCAAUGGGAUUUAUAGUUUCCGUGAAAGGAAAGAUCGCAAGCCCUCUGGAAGCACCAAUUUUCGUUGUUGCCCCUCAUUCAACAUUCUUUGAUGGAAUUGCCUGUGUCGUAGCCGGGUUACCUUCUAUGGUAUCUCGAAAUGAGAAUGUGCAGGUCCCUCUGAUUGGCAGACUGUUACGGGCUGUGCAACCAGUGUUGGUGUCCCGUGUAGAUCCGGAUUCUCGAAAAAACACAAUAAAUGAAAUAAUAAGGCGAGCAACAUCAGGAGGGGAAUGGCCCCAGAUACUAGUUUUCCCAGAAGGUACUUGUACGAAUCGUUCCUGUUUGAUUACUUUUAAACCAGGAGCCUUCAUUCCAGGAGUUCCGGUGCAGCCAGUCCUUCUCAGAUACCCAAACAAGCUGGAUACUGUGACGUGGACAUGGCAAGGAUAUACAUUCAUUCAGCUUUGUAUCCUUACUUGGUGCCAGCCCUUCACAAAGGUGGAAGUUGAGUUUAUGCCUGUCCAAGUCCCGAGUGAUGAAGAAAAAAGUGAUCCUGUCCUUUUUGCUGGCCGAGUCCGGAAUUUGAUGGCGGAAGCUCUGGGAAUUCCAGUAACAGAUCACACCUAUGAAGACUGCAGACUGAUGAUUUCAGCAGGACAGCUGACGUUGCCUAUGGAAGCUGGCUUGGUAGAAUUUACCAAAAUUAGCCGGAAAUUGAAAUUAGAUUGGGAUGGUGUUCGUAAGCAUUUGGACGAAUAUGCAGCUAUUGCGAGCUCCUCAAAAGGGGGAAGAAUUGGAAUUGAAGAAUUUGCAGAGUAUUUAAAGUUGCCUGUUUCAGAUGUCCUGAGACAACUUUUUGCACUCUUUGACAGGAACCACGAUGGCAGCAUCGACUUCCGAGAGUAUGUGAUCGGCCUGGCUGUCUUGUGUAAUCCUGCCAACACUGAGGACAUCAUCCAAGUGGCAUUUAAGCUCUUUGAUGUCGAUGAGGAUGGCUACAUAUCCGAGCAGGAGUUUUCUACCAUUCUGCAGGCUGCCCUUGGAGUACCUGAGCUUGAUGUUUCCGGUCUCUUCAAGGAAAUAGCCCAGGGGGAUUCCGUGUCCUUUGAGGAAUUUAGAAGUUUUGCCCUAAAGCAUCCAGAAUAUGCUAAGAUAUUUACGACAUACUUAGACCUCCAGACGUGCUAUGUGUUUUCAUUGCCAGAAAAAAGCCAGCCCCCUCCCUCCGUUGCAAGUAAUAAAGUCAGUCCUGAAAAUUGUGAUGAGAGUACCUCAGACAAAAAAGAUGACUGAAAGUGUGUAUUCCCAGUAAGGAAAGCACAGUGGCCUUUACUUGAAAUUGUAAAGUCACUUAUCCAUAGUAUUGUAAGUAUGAUGACUGAGUAAUGACGAUGUUGAAAAUGGAAAGCUUUUUAGUAAAUGUGAUAGGUUUUAUUA